AUGGUGUCCCCUCAGGUGAAAGACCUUGAUACAUAUAUCCGCAAACAGAACUCCAAGCUCACGCAGGUGGUACAGAACUUUUUCACCAAGGCGGUUCAGAUCAUCCUCGGUGCUCGAAGUGAAGACGAAGACGAACUAUCACAUGAUCAGAAAAUCAACAAAUGGUUCAACCUUCUAAUGGCAUCUUCCAACGCCGUAAACAAGGAUGAGUUGAAGUUAUGGAAGUCAUGUGGUGACCUUUCGAUCAUUCCGCCGAUGAUUAUUGAAACCUCUCUCGACCUUCGGCUGCUCUCCCACGAAAACGCUUUGGUGCUCAAAGACGACACGGGAAAUGUGUGGGAGGUGGUCAAAGGUGUUAACAGUAAGAAACAGGAGGUGGUGGUCGAACGGUGGCUCAUAGAGUUUGAUCCCAACGAUGUCAGCGGCUCCAUUAUGGACGAGUUGCCGUUGAUCUACAAACAGGCCAUCAUCCUCUUCCGAAGUUUAUAUGGGUUCUUGAGACUCAUGCCCGUAUACAAGCUCCGGCAGCGGUUGGCGAAGAACCCAAACGGCCGCUUGAAGGUGGUCAACAAGGUCUUGGAUGGCAAACAACCCAUCAGCUCUAAGGGUCGAAUCGGACUAUCCAAGUCGAUUAUUCCUCAACAAAUGCUAUCUACAGAGUCCCAUUUGGUACAACGGAACUUCCACCCGAUCCACACCACCUUGGGCACUUUGAAGGUGUCGACCAUCUACAGAAGACAUGCAGACUUUGUGGUGCACGAUAACGAGGAGGUAUUAUCAAGUCACUUUAUCCACAUGGACGACAAGGAUACUCUGGUGCUUCCAGAACUCGAGGUCCCGGCAAAGGAUAUUGCCAACACGGCUUCAAUGUCCAUUUCACCCAGUACUGCUAGAGAACCUUCACCUGCAAAAAGAGACACUCCUCCAGCAGUUUCUGGACGUCCUGCCAUCCAGCCGUUCAAGGUGGGCUCCAUCAGCAGCUCACCGCCGCCGUUCCACGGCCCGUUUGGCCCAUCUUCCCUCGAGAGGAGAAUCUCCAUCACCAGCAACAAGUCAACGUCAAAUGCGUCUCUUGCAGCCAUGCUCCGAAACCCGCGUGGUAGUAACCUGUCCACCACUGGUAACAUUCCCAUUUCCAGUACCGCUAGCCAGCAUGCGUUGUCAUCGGUGCCACGGUCGGUAUCUUCCUCCCAUGGCGACGCUGACUCCCCCAACCCCGACGGUGUGGCCACCACGCCCCGGUUUUCGUCCUCAUUCGGGUCGCGUGCCAGCAGACGCUUCAGCAACACCAGUGUUCGCCAAAGCGUCUUGCACCAAACCUUCAACGACCACAGCUACCUUGGCACCAGUGCCGGGCUGAUCACGUCUGUCAACCCCAUGAGUGGGAUUUACAUUGAUGACGACAUUAGUGACUUUGUGCGUAUGAUUGAUAACAAAACGGACUUGCGUCUCUCCAGUCCCGGUAGUAACCAGUCAAACGUUGAAAAACCACCGUCGGGAUCAGACGUGCUCAACAAGUUCCAAUUGAUGAAGUUCCAACACCAACAAUUUGGAGACAGUGUCAACCAAAGCUUGAUACUACAGUCCGGAUCCAACCCUCCAAGUCUCAAUAACCCUGGAAGUCAGGUGUCGAGCCGUAAGUCAUCGACCCACUCGGCCACCUACUCACCAGUUUCUCGAAGUCCCUUUGGCCAUAGAAGCAAUCCUUCCAACCAGAACUUACCUACGAUUGACUCGAAACUCGAAACUGAACCCAAACCACCAGCCGCCGCGCCAGAAACGUCUGUCGGCCACGGAGACAAGCCAAGAGAGCCGGGAGUGGUACGGGGCCUUGCCACCACACCCUCGGUGUACGCCAACCGUCGCUCUAUCCAAUACGAGAAUGUGUUUGAAGACGACGAUGAUGGUGAGGACUACUAUUUGCAGCUGAAGAGUGCCCUGAAGCCGGAAGAGGAAGACGAUGACUUGCUUUUCACCAUGAGCGACAUGAACUUGACCAAGCACUAA